CCGCCAUCUUCUCUGCGCGGCCGGCGGGAGCGCUCUCUCUGCCCCCUCCUCCGCUCCCUCCUCCUCCUUCUCCCUCCUCCCACUACGCUCCGCCGUCGCCGCCGGUCAGGAACGGGGCGACCGGGAUAGCGAAGGCCGCGGGGAAGGCGGGGGACGGGGUAGCAGCCCCGCGGGGGCGGGCGGGCCGCGGGGCGCCAGCCCGGGGGUUUCGUGCGGCCCCCUCCGCUCGCCCUGCCGGCCGGCCGGGCCCCGCUCCCCAUGGGAUAAGCUGUAAACAUGUUCAGCUUUGAAGGGGAUUUCAAAACAAGGCCCAAGGUGUCCCUCGGAGGAGCGAGCAGGAAGGAAGAAAAGGCUUCUCUCCUUCAUCGUACUCAGGAAGAAAGGAGAAAACGAGAGGAAGAAAGGCGGAGGCUGAAAAAUGCAAUAAUAAUCCAGUCAUUUGUAAGAGGGUACAGAGACAGAAAACAUCAAUACUCUAUCCAAAGAAGUGAAUUUGAUCGCUGUGCUAAUUUGGCCCAGUCUGGAGGAGCCUUUUCUACUGCUAAUGGAGGCAAUUUGACUCUUUUAGUUCGCCAGUUACUCUUUUUCUACAGACAGAAUGAGGAUUCAAAGCGUUUGGUAUGGAUGUGUCAGAAUUUAAUUAAACAGAGUUCUCAGUUUGUUAAGCAAUUGGAUGGUCCAGACAGACUUACUUGCUUAUUCCAAAUAAAAAGACUGUUGGGGCUGUGUUGCAGGCUACUGCAGAAUUGCAAUGAUGACAGUCUGAAUGUUGCACUUCCUAUGAGAAUGCUUGAGGUAUUUUCAUCUGAGAAUACGUAUUUGCCUGUUUUACAAGAUGUCAGCUAUGUGACAUCAUUAAUUGAACAAAUUUUGCACUACAUGGUUCAAAAAGGCUACUACAAGUCUCUUUAUUUGUUAAUUAACAAUAAGCUUCCCUCAAGUAUUGAGUAUUCUGAUGUUUCUCGUGUCCCUAUUGCAAAAAUACUUCUGGAGAAUGUUCUGAAGCCAUUGCACUUUACAUAUAGCUCCUGCCCAGAAGGUGCAAGGCAGCAGAUUUUUGUAGCCUUCACAGAGGAGUUUCUGGCAGCACCUUUUACAGAUCAAAUAUUCCAUUUCAUCAUUCCAGCGCUUGCUGAUGUGCAGACUAUUUUCCCUUAUGAACUCUUUCUGAAUGCACUAUUAUUAGCAGAAAGUGGAUAUUCAAGAAGAAGUGAUCAAGCCCCAUGGCUUUUCUACUUUGUGUUAACAGUUGGAGAAACAUAUUUGGGAUCUCUAUCAGAGGAAGGACUUCUUGUGUAUUUGAGGGUACUCCAAACUUUUCUCUCUCAGCUGCCUGUGUCUGCUGCUGGUACAAAUUGUCAAGAUGCAAACAGUGAUUCUGAAGAUGAGGAUGAAGAGAUCAGUAAAAUGACAACUACACUGGGUGAUGGGAGAAUAUCAGUCCAGUACAUAACUGAGGAGUGCCUCAAGAAAUUGGACACAAAGCAGCAGACAAACACUCUGCUGAACAUGGUUUGGAGAGAUUCAGCCAGUGAAGAGGUCUUUACCCUGAUGGCAUCAAUCUGCCACACGCUUAUGGUACAACACCGAAUGAUGGUGCCAAAAGUCAGGCUUCUUUAUAGUUUAGCCUUUAAUGCCAGAUUCCUGAGGCAUCUUUGGUAUUUGAUAUCUUCAAUGACUACACGAAUGAUUACAGGGUCUAUGGUGCCACUCCUUCAAGUGAUUUCAAGAGGCUCUCCAAUGUCUUUAGAGGACUCCAGCCGAAUUAUCCCUCUCUUCUACCUUUUCAGUUCUUUGUUUAGUCACUCACUUAUUUCUAUUCAUGAUAAUGAAUUCUUUGGUGACCCAAUAGAAGUUGUAGGUCAAAGACAAUCAUCAAUGAUGCCUUUUACACUAGAAGAGCUUGUAAUACUGUCCCGCUGCCUUCGAGAUGCAUGUCUAGGAAUCAUAAAGUUGGCUUACCCAGAAACAAAGCCAGAGGUUCGUGAGGAAUAUAUUGCAGCAUUUAGAAGUGUUGGAGUAACAAAAAACACAGAAAUGCAGCAAUGUAUACAGACAGAACAGAAGAGGUGGAUUCAGUUAUUCAAGGUCAUCACAAACUUAGUGAAAAUGUUGAAAUCUAGGGAUACAAGGAGAAAUUUCUGUCCACCAAAUCACUGGCUCUCAGAACAAGAAAACAUUAAAGCAGAUAAGGUUACACAGCUGUAUGUGCCAUCAGCCAGACAUGUCUGGAGAGUCAGGAGGAUGGGGAGGAUAGGACCACUGCAAUCUACUUUGGAUGUGGGUUUGGAACCAGCACCUCUUUCUGUAUCUGAAGAACGACAACUUGCAAUUCUGACAGAGCUACCUUUUGUAGUUCCUUUUGAAGAAAGAGUAAAGAUUUUUCAAAGACUGAUCUAUGCUGAUAAACAGGAAGUUCAAGGAGAUGGGCCAUUUUUGGAUGGAAUUAAUGUCACUAUCAGAAGAAAUUAUAUUUAUGAAGAUGCUUAUGAUAAACUUUCCCCUGAGAAUGAACCUGACCUAAAAAAGCGCAUUCGUGUUCACUUGCUUAAUGCACACGGUCUUGAUGAAGCUGGUAUUGAUGGUGGUGGAAUUUUCAGAGAAUUUCUGAAUGAACUCCUCAAAUCAGGAUUUAACCCUAACCAGGGUUUUUUUAAGACCACCAACGAGGGACUGCUUUACCCUAACCCUGCUGCACAGAUGCUCGUUGGAGACUCAUAUGCCCGACAUUACUACUUCCUUGGGAGAAUGCUUGGAAAGGCUCUUUAUGAAAAUAUGCUGGUGGAGCUGCCAUUUGCUAGUUUUUUCCUUUCAAAAUUAUUAGGGACAAGUGCUGAUGUUGACAUUCAUCAUUUAGCUUCACUAGACCCAGAAAUGUACAAAAAUUUGCUUUUUCUCAAGAGCUAUGAAGGGGACGUGGAAGAACUUGGACUAAAUUUCACCGUGGUAAAUAAUGACCUUGGGGAAGCACAGGUGGUUGAGCUGAAGCCGGGUGGAAAGGACAUUCCCGUCACCAGCGCCAACCGGAUCGCGUACAUCCAUCUGGUGGCGGACUACAGGCUGAACAAACAGAUCCGCCAGCACUGCCUGGCCUUCCGGCAGGGGCUGGCCAACGUGGUGAACCUCGAGUGGCUGCGGAUGUUUGACCAGCAGGAAAUCCAGGUUCUGACUUCUGGUGCACAAGUUCCUAUUAGUUUGGAUGAUCUUAAAUCUUUCACAAACUAUUCAGGUGGCUACACAGCAGACCAUCCUGUAAUUAAAAUAUUCUGGAGGGUUGUAGAAAGUUUCACUGAUGAAGAGAAACGCAAACUACUCAAAUUUGUAACGAGCUGCUCUCGACCACCUCUUCUGGGGUUUAAGGAGUUAUAUCCUGCAUUUUGCAUUCACAAUGGAGGAUCUGAUUUAGACAGGCUUCCUACUGCCAGUACCUGCAUGAACUUGCUGAAGCUUCCCGAGUUUUAUGACGAGAACCUGAUGCGAAGCAAGCUCCUCUAUGCCAUUGAAUGUGCUGCUGGAUUUGAACUCAGCUGAGUCCAACCAAUGCUUCUUUGGAUGAUCUGCAGAAGAAAGAACCAGUGCCUACUUUAUUAGCAGCACCCAUACCCAAGCAGUUUUAAGGGAAUUCUGUCUCCAUUUCUGCAGCUCUUGUCUCACCAAAUGCCCUCAAAUAGGUUUCAUUUCUAAACACAAUUUCUUAGUUAGCUUCCAUUACUGAAUAUUGCGUUGACACUGCUUUAUGACUCAAAACAAUGAAUGCUGUGUGCAGCGUGGCUGAUUUCUGUGUUUAUGUGAAAAAAGAGCACAUUUAAAGAACAGUGACAUCUCAGUGAAAUUAACCAAAGAUGAAGCUUUGGCUUUUUGCUGUUCAAACAUAAAUAAUUUUGCAAACUGGCAAUAAAGUUGUGUACUGUGCGGUGCAUUGGGAUGAGACAGGGCUAACAUCCUGUAAUUAAUCUUUUAGAAGGAAGGCAAGCAGAUGUUUGAAGAUAUCCCAGAACUGAGAGGAUGAAAAUGCUCAUUACUGACAACCUAACAUCUUAACUUACGUUGCAGAGUUGUUUACAAAUCAUAGAGAGAUGGGCAAUCACCAGUCAUAUGAAGUUCAACCAGGGCAAGUGCUGGAUUCUGUACCUGGGACAGGGCCCUGGCUGUGUGGACAGACUGGAGAAUGAGAGGCUGGAGAGCAGUUGUGAAAAGGGACCUGGGGGUGCUGGUUUAUUUAUGGCAAGUUGAACACAAGCCAGGAGGGACAGGCCUGUCCUGGGGGCAUUAGGCACAGCAUCACCAGCCAGGCAAGGGAGGGGACUGUCCCGCUCUGCUCUGGGCUGGGGCAGUUUUGGAUGGCACAAUAUAAAGAAGACAUUGAGCCUUUAGAGAGCAUCCAGAGGAGGCCAUGAGGGUGGUGAAGGGCCUGAAGGGGAAGCUGUGUGAGGAGUGGCUGAGGUCACUUGGUCUGUUUAGCCUGGAGGAGACUGAGGGGAGACCUCGUUGCAGUUACAACUUCCUUGUGAGGGGGAGAGGAGAGGCAGGCACUGAUCUCUCCUCUGUGGUGACCAGUGACGGGACCCGAGGAAACAGCAUGGAACUGGAUUGGGAAAGAUUCAGGUUGGGUAUCACAAAAUGGUUUCUCACCCAGAGGGUGAUUGGGCACUGAACAGGUUCCCCAGGGCAGUGUCACAGCCCCAAGUCUGCCAGAGUUCAAGAAGUGUUUGAACAAUGCUCUCAGAUACUUGUGACUCUCGGGGUGUCCUGUGCAGGACCAGGAGUUGGACUGGAUGAUCCUGAUUGGCCCCUUCCAACUCAGCAUAGUCCAUGAUUCUAUGAUAGUUGUUGCAGAACUGAUUUUGUUUCAUACUACCUUCCCUCAAGAUGGUAGGCACUGAGAUAAAAUGGGUGUAAUAUUCCAUUUGUGCAUUCUGAAACACUUGGAAGAAAAUGGAUUUGCAUUAUUUUAAGUUCAACCUUUGCUGACUCAUUAUCACUUGGACACUGUUCUGAAUGGAUGUGACUUUCCAGGUUUUCUCUGUUCUGUUUCUGUCUUUUGUGCCUAUACAGGUUUGUUGAUUGGUUGGUUGGUUGGUUUUAAAUGAGUCAAUCUCCUAUUGCAUACACAGUACAUAGAGAAAUCACCACAUUGGAAAAAUAUACAUGUAAUAAUUAUUAAAGUUCUUUGAACCAAAGUUAUCAGGCUUUAUCUUUUAUAUUUGAAGCCUGUGGUGUUCACAUUCCUUUUCCCUGUCAUUUCUUUCCAUCUUAAAUGCCAUAUCUGUGUCGUAGACACUAAUAAAAUUAACUUUUUUUUUGUGAUUAAACAGCUUUUGUAUCCAUUCCCCUACAGUAUUUCUGCUGAGAAAAGUAAGUGGGAAUAUGCUGCUGAAUAUAAUUUGAUAUCUGCGGAAAAAAUGGCUCUUGUAUGGAAGGAGCUGAUCCUCUCGUAGUAGGCACAUCGUAGGGUUUCAUUUGCAAACUGCAGUGAGUUUAGAAAAGGAAUUACAGUUCGGACUAUAAGAUUAAUCAGUCCAUCCCUCUGAACUCCUAUAUUUUAAAUCAUCAAAAAUUACAAUCAAAUUUGUAUUCAUCUCUUAUGCAAAAAAAAAAAUAUUUUGCUGUUACUGGAAACUCUGCUGGAUUUCCUAUUUAAUAAGCAGUAACCAGCAAUAUCCUUUUAAAUGUGGGGAAACUGAGUGGUUUUAAGAUGUUUACUAGUAACCAUAUAAAAAUGUAUAAUUUCUUAAUUUGGGUAAUAAAUGAAGUGUUAAAAUACUAUUUGUAGUCUUGAUGUACAGAAAUAAAAUGAUUGGUUUUCUU